AACGUUUAUUUUGCAUCCUCCUUACCGUAAUCUUGCUGUCAUUCAAUUUGAUGGAGCAAACAAUAUGUAAUCGUAUUUAUAUCAAGGCCGAUCUACCUUGUCGAUCUUGAAUGUUUAGUUCUGGCAAGUAAAUAAUAUUUCAAGAUGAACUUAGAACCACCAGUUCCUAAAAAACCAGCAAUUUUUUAUGUCCAUGCUGCAUUAUUUGAUUGUGAUGGUACCUUAGUUAAUUCAACCGGGGCCAUUUCUGAAUUUUGGCGUAAUUUUGCCGAAACUAGGCCCCAUGUUGAUCCUGAAGAAAUUAUAAAAACUUCUCAUGGUUGUCGUACCUAUGAUGUUAUUGCUAAAUGGUCUCCUGAUGAUGCUGAUGAAGCUCAAGUUGCCGAAUGGGAAGGAAGUAUUCCUGAUUCCUUUGGUCAAUAUGCCAAACCAAUUCGUGGUGCUCCCGAAUUGGUUAGUAGAUUCAAUGAGUUAUCUAAGGAAACUGAUAAUAAACACCAAAGAUGGGCUAUUAUUACUUCUGGUACUUUACCCUUGGCAUCCAAAUGGUUGAAAUUAUUAACCAUUGAAAAACCAGAUUGUUUCAUUACUGCUGAACAAGUUAGUCAAGGGAAACCCCAUCCAAUGGGUUAUUUAUCAGCAAGAGAAAAUUUGGGUUAUGAUGCUCCUCAUAAAAAAGUUGUGGUUUUCGAAGAUGCUCCUGCUGGUAUUAAGGCUGGUAGAGAUGCCGGAGCCAUGAUUGUUGGUAUUUGUUCUACCUAUGAUCCUGAGAAAAUUAAAAAUUCCGGAGCUGAUAUUGUCGUAAGUGAUUUAUCAAGCUUUGAAGUUGAAAAAUAUAACCCAUUAACUGACGAAUUCAAAAUUAUAGUUCAUGACUACCACUAUACUAAACCGGAGUAUUUGAUUCGUCGUCCUUCCAUUGUUGCUUAGAAUAUUAUUUAUUAAUCCCUAGAAAUUAUUUAUGACUUAUUUUGACGUUAAAAAUACAUGAUUAUUAGAUAUUUGGCAAGCUUGUAGAAUGUUAUAAGAAAUCAAUUCUAUCCCUUAAAAAGGUGCUAGAGUUCGUGCAUCCUUCUAAAGAAACUAGAUGAAGUCUGGCAUGCUGACCUCUGGUUAAAACCCUCCAUAACCCUUUGAUGAUUGUAAUUUCGAUAAUCUCUGGCUUUGAAGUGUUUUCUUCUUGUCCUUUAAAAUAUUUUUCUAAGUUAUCAACUGAAAGAAGGUCAUUAUUUGAAUUUAAAUCAAGCUUUCUCAUUUUUGAUUUUGGUUCUCCGAGGUUUUCAACUGGUGAAGCUGAUCCAAGAGUAUCACUCCUUGGUGUAUCUAAUAUAGAAAACCACCAAUCUUGCUUCAUAGUUAAUCCAUUGAUUACAGCUUUGG